AUGGGAAAGGAAUCAGAAAGUCAUAAGAAAUUGGUGAAACUGGCCGAGCAACUUGUGAAGUCGCAUCACGAAAUAUCACUCGAAAGGGCAAUCCAGAUCGAGUCGCAACGGCAGGACGCCAAGAAGAAGCGUGAUGAAGAUGGUACUGUUGUUGUGUGGGACACAAUGACCAUAGAAGACGAACUCGAAGAUUAUUUGAAAGGAUCUGAAGAAAAAGAUAACUGGACUGUUCACGAAAUGGAUGAAUGUGUGGUGGCAGUGAGGGAGCUGGAAAUUUCAGAUGAGAAGGAGAAUAUGAAUGUUGAUUUGGAGAAACGACAACAGAAACUGAGGAAUUUCAAUUCUAGCAACAAGAAAGAAUGA